CCAUUAGAGGGGAGAAGGUUGCAUUUUUCAGGCGCGACAAUGACAGGGUCUGCAGAUUUAUUUAUUUUUUCUGUGGCAAGUUAUGACAUUGUUUUCGUUGAUGGUCCCUUGAUUUCAGUCGAUUUCAAAACUGAACCUUCCCUUCUAUGAGAUGUGUUCCACGAGUAAUCUACAACGAACGGACGUAAUCUGAAAUUUACUGAUGUUUUGAAGCUCAUAAAAUCUGAUAAAAUGGCUUCGCUCGAGGCUGUCGAUGUUGUUAUAGUCGGGGCGGGAAUUUCAGGUCUUUGUGCCGCGUACGAGUUGUUGAAGAAACGGCCUCAAACAAAUCUUGUCGUCCUCGAAGCUAAAGACAGGGUUGGAGGCAGACUUGACAGUAUAGAGCUCAAAACUGCAAAGGGAUCUGACCGAUGGGAUAUUGGGGGACAGUGGGUUUCUAGGAGUCAGAAGGUUAUCACUAGUCUUCUCGAGGAGUUAGAUGUUGAAAUUUAUAACCAGUGGAGCAAUGGCAGCAAAAUUAUGCAUGGUAGCGAUGAUGUAAUUACCACAUACUCCAGUCCAUUCCCGCCGCUAUCUUAUGUAGCACUUCUUGACUUAUGGUGGUUUACUUACAAGGUUGAAAACUUGUGCCAAGAGGUUCCUAUUGAUGAUCCUAGUAAAUGUCCUCAUGCCGCAGAGUGGGAUGGAAUGACUUUAGAGACUUGGAAACAUCAGUCAAUAUGGACUAAUAUUGUGAAAGAGGUCCUGGAUACUGUUGUUGGUAUUGUAUUUGGAGUGACCCCCUCUCAGAUGUCCCUCCUGUUUUUCCUUCACUACCUGCACUGUUCAGGGGGGUGGUCAAUCAUUGUGGAUUCAAGUGUAAAGGGCCAUGCUCAAGAGUGGAGAAUUAAGGGAACUGCUCAUAGAGUUACAGAGCUCCUUGCCGGAAGAUUGGGAAGGGAUAGACUUAUAUUGAGUCAUCCUGUCACCUCGAUAAAACAGGAAAAUGAACAUGUGUUUGUGAGCAGCCUAGUUGGCCAGUCUUACAAAGCCAAGUCUGUAAUUCUGGCCAUUCCACCACAUUUGGCAGGCCAGAUUGAAUUCAGUCCACCCCUGCCAUACAACAAGCAGCGUCUUAUUCAAAACAUGCCCCCAUCACACUUAAUUAAGUUUGUAGCGACAUAUGCCACAGCGUUCUGGCGGAAGGCUGGCUUAUCAGGAGACAUGGCUAGAAGUACCGCUAAGGGUGUUUGUGAGAAUAACCCAGUUGCAAUCACAUUUGAUGGGACAACAAGUGAUGGAAGUCCAGCAAUUCUUGGGUUCGUUACUUCAUAUGCAGCAGCCAAGUGGAGCACAGAAACGGAUGAAAUGAAAAAGAAAGCUAUCCUGAAGGCUUUGAAGUUGUAUUUUGGCCAAGAAGCAGAACAUCCUUUAGAUUUCUGUGUCAAGGAUUGGUCUAAGGAGACAUGGAAUGGUGGAUGUCCUGUAAAUGUGAUGGUCCCAGGAGCUGUCAUCAAUUAUGGAGACUGUUUAAGAGAACCAUUUCAUAGGUGAGAAGGACGCAGGGAAAGAUGACAUUGAAAAAUUAAAUAUUUGUAGGUCCAGAAAAUAUUCAUACAUGUACCUCCCCUACAGAAGGGAUUUUUGGAAAUUGCAGUUAAGCUUCACACAUUUCGUUAAUGUUUUUGGUCUUACAGAACCUGCCACCCGAGCUUUCUAAAAAGAUUGCUUCUGGUAUAAGCACCAUCAAAUGUAUUAAGUA